AUGCAGGCGGCAUUCAUCAUCAUUUUUUGACUUUUUCCCUCAAAAAGAACGCGCUUUCUCAAACUCCCUUUUUUCCAACGUUCAUGCGCUCAGACAGCGCACUGAAAACGGCAAUGGACGAAUAAAAUAUACAUACAUAUCCAUCACUCAGGGCCAUCAAACUAUUGAAAAUAUGCAAAUUCUUGUAGAUCUGAGCCAAGCUGCAUUGAGACCAGAUCUUCUGUAUCCAAAACAGGUCACGGAAAUGCAGCUUUGUCUUUGCCUCUUUCGGAUCUGACAACGCCGGGAGUCUCCAUAUAGGUUGACAUUUUUGUUAAUCCGUUAUUGUUAUUGCCGAGAGGCUUCCCAGAGGCAAUAUUCCAGGGUUGCCAAAAUCAGGAGCAGAGUUACUGAAAAAGAUGAAAGUUUACUAGCAAGUGCGGGCUGUUGCCAAGUAUGGAGGGUCCAAGGAACAAGAAGAGAGGAUGCCAACAUGGGACUGGUUCUUUGGAAGAUGGUGCAGUCGUCGUCGGGGAAUCGAAGAAGCGGAAAUUACCCACUUUGGGAAGUGUGGUCGUGGAAGCUUUGAAGGUGGACAGUUUGCAAAGAUUUUCCUCGUCGCUGGAGCCCCUUCUGCGAAGAAUUGUGAACGAAGAAGUAGAGAGGGCAUUGAUGAGGUUAGGCCACGCUAGGCUGGCUGAAAGGCCAGCCCCGCCUAGAAUACAAAAUCCAGAAGAAAAAGGCAUGCAGCUUCAAUUCAAGACCAGAAUGCCACCCCACCUAUUUACUGGUGGGAGGGUCGAGGGCGAACGGGGUGCAGCCAUUCAUGUCAUGUUAAUAGACCAAGCCACUGGUCUUGUGGUUCAAGAUGGGCCUUCAUCAAAUGCCAAGCUAAAUGUCGUGGUGCUUGAAGGCGACUUCAAUGAAGAACCUGAAGGUGAUUGGAGCGAGGAGCACUUUGAGAGUCUCGAAGUGAAGGAGCGGGAGGGCAAAAGGCCACUUCUCACGGGCGACCUCCAGGUAAUACUGAAGGAAGGGAGUGGAACUCUUGGGGAACUUAGUUUCACCGAUAAUUCCAGCUGGACGAGGAGCAGAAAGUUCAGGCUCGGUGUGAAGGUCGCCCCGGGAUGUUGUGAAGGGGUCCAUGUUUGUGAGGCUAAGACAGAGGCUUUUGCUGUCAAAGAUCAUAGGGGAGAAUUGUAUAAAAAACAUUAUCCACCUGCUUUGCACGACGAAGUGUGGAGACUGGACAGAAUAGCAAAGGAUGGAGCUCUGCAUAAGAAGCUAAUCAACGCUGAAAUCAUGACGGUCGAAGAUUUUCUACGGCUUCUUGUCAGGGACUCUCAGAAAUUAAGAAGUAUCCUAGGGAGCGGGAUGUCAAAUAGAAUGUGGGAGAAUACGGUGGAGCAUGCAAAGACGUGUGUCAUGGGUGGGAAGGUCUACAUUUACUUCACUGAUGUGAAUCAUGAUACCGGCGUGGUCUUCAAUGAUAUCUAUGAGCUCAGAGGCUUUCUUACUGAUGGGCAGUUCUUCUCUCUGGAAAAUCUCACCCACAAGCAAAAGGUCUCAGUAGAUUCCUUGGUAAAAGAAGCCUAUGAGAACUGGAACCAAGUUGUAGAAUAUGACAGCAAGGUCCUAAGCUCCAUCUCCAGUACAAGGAAAGGAUCGGAAUCCUCAGGUUUCCCUGGGGCAGUAACGGAGAAUGCACUUGUGCAAGAUCAGCACCACAUGACGACAACACAAUACUUGCAGCAACACCCAUCGCGAUGUGAACAAAUAGACGCGCAUUGCCAAGUUCAGAAUAUCUGCCAACCUGUUUCUCCGCUCAUGGCACUUCCAACUGUUAGACCUCAUCAAACUGCAACUCAAGCUCUAGAUGCUCCACAAGUAGCAUUUCCAAGUGUUGGCACAAGUUUCUUGUCCGUCGCAACUCCCGGGAUCGGGGGGCAUUAUUCUGGAGACAUAAUUGCGGAGGAAAUCCGGCUCAGGAGCAUGGAGAUGCUUCAGAGCGAUGAUAUGCAGAGACUGCUGAGGUCAUUCCGUAUGGAAGCCGGUUUCCGCUGCUCGAACGAGGAUAGUUUCACCUGUGGUGCUCCAUACGACAGUAGGCCUGAUUGCCAGCUCCAGCAGAAGAGCAGCAGGAGCCCAGGAAAAGCCGUCGUCGGCUGGCUUAAGCUAAAGGCCGCUUUGAGAUGGGGUAUAUUCAUAAGGAAGAAAGCAGCAGAGAGAAGAGCAGAGAGAAGAGCUCAGCUUGUUGAGCUCGAUGACUACUAGACCAUCUUUCUUUGAUUUUUAUUUCUUCCUUAUCAUUUCUCUGCAUGUCCCUCUUAUACACUUUCGUGUACCUCGAUCAUCUUUAUCGCCUUCUUUGUUGGCUUCAAAAUGGCGAAAUCUAAUCAUAAUAAAAAAGCUUGUAGGCCUUGAACUUCU